AUGGAGAAGGCGGCCGACAUACAGGCGGACGGAAAAGGUCUCGCAGACGAUCACAAUGGUGCGGAGAAGGCCCACGUUGAGAAAGUCAGUCUCCAAAACAAUGUGUCGGCAAAGAUCAAAAACCCAUUGGCCGAUCUGACGAAAGAACAAGUCCUUCGUGACGUGGAAGAGUUCGCGCAGGAGAAUCAGUUGGAAGAUAUUCUACCAGAACUUCGUAAGGGUGCCCUGGUUGCCCGGGACCCGGCAGAGUUCGAGUCAGUCCCAGACUUAACUGAGAGCGAGCUCGAGUCCCUCCGCAACGAGGUUCUUCACAAAUGGCGUCAACCUGCUGCUCUCUACUUCACGAUUAUCUUGUGCUCUGUGGGCGCAGCUGUGCAGGGUUGGGAUCAGACUGGAUCUAACGGUGCGAAUUUAUCAUUCCCGGAUGCCUUCGGAAUUCCCGAAACCGGUACACCUGAUGCUAUUCGCAAUGAAUGGCUGGUUGGUGUUAUCAAUGCCGCUCCAUAUCUUUCGAGUGCCUUUUUCAGCUGCUGGUUGUCAGACCCUUGCAACCGCUACUUCGGACGCAGAGGAACGAUCUUCCUUGCCGCAGUUUUUUGUUUCCUCUCGCCGAUCGGAUCCGCAGUCACACAAAGCUGGCCGCAGCUAUUCGUCACACGUCUUCUACUUGGAAUCGGUAUGGGCUUGAAGGCUUCUACCAUCCCAAUUUUCUGCGCCGAAAAUGUGCCGGCUAAUAUUCGCGGAGGCUUGGUAAUGUGCUGGCAACUAUGGACCGCGUUUGGCAUCUUCCUUGGAUAUAGCGCCAACCUCGCCGUAAUGAAAGUGGGAGCAAUUGCCUGGCGUUUACAACUAGGCUCGGCUUUCAUACCCGCUGUUCCUCUUCUCGUUGGUGUUUACUUCUGCCCGGAGUCUCCGCGUUGGUAUAUCAAGAGAGGGUCGGCUAGUAAGGCCUACAAAUCACUCCUCCGUUUGAGAAAUUCACCCCUGCAGGCAGCUCGUGAUUUGUAUUACAUUUCUGCGCAGAUCAAGAUUGAACAGGAGAUAAUUGGGCCCAGCAACUAUAUCACACGUUUCGGGGAGCUUUUCACUAUCCCUCGCGUUCGACGAGCUACCCUGGCCUCCUUUACUGUCAUGAUUGCCCAGCAGAUGUGCGGUAUCAAUAUCGUGUCAUUCUAUUCUAGCACUAUCUUUGCGAAUGCUGGCGCUUCAAACGAACAAGCUCUAUUUGCUGCUUGGGGAACCGGUCUUGUGAACUUUGUGUUCGCCUUCCCUGCCGUGUGGACCAUUGAUACCUGGGGUCGUCGAUCCUUGCUUCUUUUUACAUUCCCUCAGAUGGCCUGGACUCUUCUUGCCGCAGGAUUUUGCUUUAAAAUCCCCGAUAGCUCAAAAGCUCAUCUGGGGCUAAUUGCAUUCUUCGUCUACCUGUUCGAGGCCUUCUAUUCCCCAGGAGAAGGUCCAGUGCCCUUCACAUACUCAGCUGAGGUCUUCCCUCUUUCCCAUCGUGAGGUCGGUAUGGCCUGGGCUGUUGCUGUCUGCUUAGGCUUCGCCGCAGUUCUUUCUAUCACAUUCCCCCGCAUGCUUUAUGCAAUGGGCCCUACAGGAGCAUUCGGCUUUUACGCUGGAUUGAACGUCACCGCAUUGGUUAUGAUAUUCUUAUGGGUCCCCGAGACAAAGCAACGUACUCUGGAAGAGUUGGACUACAUCUUCGCUGUACCUACCAGAGUUCACAUGCGCUACCAGGUUUUCAAAGUUCUUCCGUGGUGGUUCAGACGGCACAUCCUUCGCCAGGAUGUGAAGCUGGAGCCCCUGUAUCACUUUGAUCACAUUGCUACUAAUGAGACGGCUGCCGAAGUUCGGAAGCGGAGUGUUGUUUCUGCCAAUGUGAAAUCUGAGACUAGUUGA